AUGUCGCGCACCUUGAACCUUGGCUCGGAGAGCGACGGCUUUGCCGAGUUUGAGCCCAAGUAUGUGAAGGACUGCACCAAGAACUGGGCACCGGAGCGCAGACUUGGGGGAGGCACCUUCGGAGUUAUAUACGAGGCCAGAGAUGCGGACGGAUUGAAGUUUGCCGCCUUACGGCUGGAGAGCAAGCACCCAGGUUACCGCCAGCACAUGCGAGAUCUGACAAGACAAGACCUGGAGACACUCGCUGCUUUCGAGCACAGGAACAUCCUUUCCGUGAUUGGCUACAGCAAGAGUGAAGAAUCCACCGUCCUCCUCUACUCCUUUCCAACGGGCGCGACCUGCUUGAAGGCAGCACUUGAUAGUCUUGAGAUCGCGUCAAGGUUGGAGUGGGCGUCCAGGGUGAAGAUUUUCAUUGGCAUAUUGGCAGCUCUCGAUUAUUGCUACUUUUUCCGCAGGGUGAGUGGCACUCCUUGCUACCACCGGGAUGUGAAGCCCAGCAACGUGUUCUUGACGGUAGACUGGAUCCCGAAGCUUGUGGGCUGUGGUCUGUCAAGACUCAUUCCACUCGUUGACGAUGACAAAACAUCUGCCCUGGGCAUUGUGGGUUUGGGCAGCGAUGGAGGUUUCCUCUGCCCAGAGUUUACAAGAGAUCGCACGUUCGACGAAAAGUCCGAAGUGUUCUCCGUUGGCGUAACCGCUCUGCAGCCGCUUGAGCAGAUAUCCGAGAUAUCUGAAGAUGAUGACCCGAGUGCCGAAGCUGAAGCUGUUGAAGCAGUGUUGGGAGCGCGAGACCACCGGCCAGAGUGGGAAGCUCCUUUGCUCCCUGCCAUCCGUGAAUUUGCCAAGCUCACUGUGCAGGCCACGAGAUGCACGCGGCAAGCUCGGCCCAGCCUCGGUAAACUUCAGCAGCAAGCGGAUGCAGCCAGAUACCUGCUCCCCCAGCAGCCUGAGCCCGAGGGCGAAGGAAGCGAAGGCAGACGGGCUGCCCUCUCAAGGCAACCACUUGGCGCCGUCGGGUCUUCUAUGCCCUUGCAGAAAUCGCUGCGACCAGGGCUGCUCAGCAUGCGCUUCAACGAUCAAGAUGCUGCCAGGCAAUUCCGACGAGUCUUCCAGAUUGUGAAGCAGAAUGACUUUCCAGUGCGCCUAGUCAACCCGGGCGCCGGUGACGAUUUUGCAAUGGAGGUCUUCAAGCAUCUGGAUGAGAUCCGAAUGGAAGAAGGAAUACUACUAGCAGUAUGCACCGAGGACUAUGGCGAGCGUACAGGAGUCAACUGCGACACUUUCCACGAGCUGAGAAUAUCAUACUCGCAGCAUGUGAAGAUUGUGCCCUUGAGGAUGUCAGAGGUGUGGCCGCCUCAGCCCAAGGAUGAGGAUGCCAGAGCUCUCGUCAAUGCGGUCUUUUUGGACAAUGUUGCCUAUAAAGACUGCCGGGGGAAGUCCGACGACGAGCUUGCCGGAUUGAUAAUGGAGUUGCUGGUGCGGCCGGGUUUUGCUCAGGUGGUGGUGAGUUUGCUCAGCGGCCGAACAACAUGUAUCUCCGCGGACAGGGGGAGCCAGUACGUUCGUGAUGUCAAGCAUGCUGCAGAGGAGAAGCUCGGGGUUCAGAUUGCCCGGCUGAUUCGUAAAGAUGGGUCGAUCCUGGAAGAGACGGCGAGCGUGGACACCUUGCAGCCGAUAGAGACCGUCACCGCCAUCGCUGAGGCCGUGGUGCGGGUUAGCCUGGAGCAUGCAGAUGAGAUGUUCCCCGUCUCCGUGCACAUAGUGCACGAUGCGAUGACGGUGCAGGAAGUGCUGAAGGUUGCGGAGGAGAAGCUCGAAUGUGCCAUUGAGGAUCUUCGUUUUGACUCGAAAUACUUAGGCAAAGGUCAGACCGUCCAGGAGGCAGGGUUGGAAGAUGGCGCGGAAAUUGCUGCAGUUGCAAAAACGCGGGAAGAGAUCCGAGAUCCUCUGCUGAAGGCCUUGCAGGAGAUGGAGACACGAGGAGGCAUUCAAGUCUUCGCGGAGCACGAAGUGCAAGUGCGCAGGCUCGUGUUCAUGCCGGCGGGGAAUUUCUGCAGCAAAGAGACCAUCACCGUCCUGCCUAAUGGCAAGAAGGAGAAUUCCAACACCCUGCGCUGCGGAGAGUGCGAUGAGUGCAAGGCGAAGAGCAGGGUUCGGCAGGCUCUGUGGGGCCCUGCCCGGCCCAUGAAUUUGCGCGCCCUUGACGACCUGUCAGACGAGUGCAAGAUGUACACGUUCGAACGCGACGAUGGAAACAUCGCGGUUGUCAAAGCCUGGCCUUUUCGGCUUGGCGAGCAUGUCGAGGCAGCGUUCAAUCUCCAGGACGAAGACGAGUUCGACACAGACGCGCGCAACGCGCUGAAAGACUGGAAGAAGGUCUUUACCCGGGUCCUGCCGCCAGACGUGCUCGCAAGCGGCCAGUGGAAGCUUGCCGUACAGAAAGAACCCUACAUCAACAACUUCCUGGCCGUAUCAGGCUCCCUGGCAUCCCUCCAGGAGGCCAGCAAGGAGUGUUAUUUGUUGCGGCAGUACUUUGGCAUCGCCUGCUUGGACCACAGAGGCAUCGUGCACUCGAAGUUCAAAUCCUCCCCCAUGGACAUUGAAGAUGACCGCCACUACAUGCUGUACAUGCGGAAGGGCGGUCAGGAGGAGGUCAUCGCGGCCCUGCAAGACAGGGAGGAGUUUGCCCUCGACAACAAGUGUGCCCCAGACGACACCAUCCAGAGAUCUACUGCUUCGGGCGAGAUGGUCAAGCUUCGGGCCCUCGAUGUUCUAAGCUGCGGCAGCUUCACCACGGUGAUCAGCGUGUCUUUGCUUGUGGAUGGGUGGAAAGGCAAGAAGCGCGGGGAGAAGCUGGCUUUGAAGCUGCUGCACAACUCACUCGUUGGAGGGGCGGAGGGGAGGCGCGAAGCUGAGACGGCGGCAUCGUUCACGAACGAGUACAUCAUCAAGACCUUUGACUGGUUCCAGAUGUCCGGCGAGCAGAUAAAGGCUAAAGAUGCGAAAGUCUGGAAGACAAUAAGCGGAAUUGAUUGUGGCAUCCUCAUGGAGCUUGCUGAUACAACCCUCGAGCGUUUUGUCUACGAGCAAAGUGCUGACACGGGGAGACUGAUGACGCUUGGUUGGCUGCAGACAUGUCAAAGGCGCAUGCAGGAAAUGGCAAAAGCUGUGAAGUACUUGCAUCAGGACAUGAAGGUUGCACACCGAGACUUGAAGCCGGACAAUGUGCUACUCAAGCAGAUGGAGAACGGUGAUUUCCGCGUUCUAAUCUCGGACUUCUCCUCAGCGAAGGGCACGCAGGAUUUUGCAUUCAACUCUGUGAAGGUUGCAAGCCCGUACCAUGCUCCGGAGAGAAGCCAGACUGGGUGGGAGAAUGAAGAGAACAUCAAGAAGGGUGAUGUGUACUCCCUGGGUCUCAUCUUCACUGCCAUGGCCCACCGCAAGCGCCGCACCAAUCCGGAUGCCAUAGAUCCAGAUUUCGAGACAGCCAAGAAAAAUGCAUAUACUUGGCCCCACGAGCUUCAGAAUCUUAUCCUGUACAUGAUAAAAGAAAGUCUACAAGAGAGAAAGGACAUUCUGUGGGUGACGUCGGCGGCCUUCUUCGGCGAGUUAGGCCGACUCAGGUACACCGUGAAGCCAGUGCUGGAAGGCCAGCCGCUGACGGCGAAGUUUCCACAGGCCAUGCCAUUGACCUGGAGAGGCUUUAAAUUUCCUGGGGUGUUCCCAGGCUAG